UCUGACGUAUAUUGGCACAUGCGCAGUAUCGCCCCUCAAACAGCCCUUUCUAUGCUGCGCGUCUAACGACUAGCAUCAAACGAGCAUCAACAUGCAGCUCUUCUUGCGUGCCCAGAACACACACACCCUUGAGGUGACCGGACAGGAGACUGUGGGCCAGAUCAAGACUCAUGUCCAGACUCUGGAGGGUCUCCUGGUGGAGGAUCAGGUCCUGUUGCUUGCAGGUUGCCCGCUGGAGGACGAUGCUUCCCUGGCGUCAUGUGGCAUCUCCGAGCACUGCACCUUGGAGGUAGCUGGCAGGCUGCUGGGAGGUAAGGUCCACGGAUCUCUGGCCCGCGCCGGAAAAGUCAGGGGACAGACCCCCAAGGUGGACAAGCAGGAGAAGAAGAAAAAGAAGACGGGCCGUGCCAAGCGCCGCAUCCAGUACAACAGGCGCUUUGUCAACGUGGUGCCCACCUUCGGAAAGAAGAAGGGACCCAACGCCAACUCCUAAAGUGCGUCCACGUGCCCCGCCCCCUCACAGAAAGUGAUCGGCACCCAAUCAAAGUUAAAAUGUUUUUGUUCUUUGAAUAAAACUUUGGGACAAGA